GACUUGACUCUCUUGCCACAUACUAUCUUUGCCUGUUAUAUUGCAACUUCAGAUAGAAUGCGUACUACUCUAUCGUCUGGGCUACGGCCCCUCUACGGGAUGGCGUCUUUAGCCAAACCGCCGCCUCGUAUGAUUUCCCGAGCCCUCUCAACCACCACCCCGCAGCAAGCCAAGAACCAUAUAUACGCCCCCAUCCGCAACAACGACUCAUUCUCGACGUACCUCUCUCUCUCGACCUCAUCCCGCACACCCCUUCUCACCCUCUGGACCGCAUCCUGGUGUUCAACCUGCAAAGUCGUCAGCCCCCUAAUCCGGGAACUUGUCGAGUCCGGCGUGGGCGAGGAUGAGGGCGGCGUUUCCCUUGCCAUGGUCGAGUUUGACUCGCCCGAUAUCAUGUCCGGGAGCCCCAAUCUUGCCAUGACCUACAUGAUCACCAGCAUCCCCACGUUGCUGAGCUUUGACGGCGGAGAGGCCCAGACGGCGACCAAGCUGGCGGAUGCGAGGAAGCUUUCUGACAAGGAGUUUCUCAAAGAAUGGAUUAGGACUGAGGCCAAGAGGCACGGAGGUCGCGGCGGAGGCGGCGGAGGUGCUUCGUCGGCUUUUGGAGGAUUAUUUGGGAGGUGA